ACCUUGAAUUAAAUACCUUGAAUUGAAUACCCGGCGUCAACCUUGGUUGACUGGCAUCUCCAAAAAGUUGUGACGAAAUGAGAUAGCAACAGGAGAUAUCAGAACCCAACGAACCUCGAACUCGCGCCCUGCGCAUGUUGCCCAGCAAUCAUGGCUGGUCCGCCAAAGGAGAAGAAGCAGCAGUCAUUGACGAGCUUCUUCACACCGAAGAGUAGUGUGAAUGGUCUCAAUGCGCAUCUUCAAAAGACCCUAAGUCAAUCAUCCCCAGCAAGAGGCAGUGGCAAGGACAAAGACCGUGACUCUCCUGAAAGCUCCAGGAAGCGUCCUCUGGAGGAAGAUAUCCACAAUGGGAACGAGACGCCCCCGAAACGCACCAAGAGCGCUCAUGUCGACGAGGACAGUAGCACCUUCUUUUCUAAGCAACCCCCCUUGAAAUCUCCGACAGCAGAGACAACCACUCAAGCAAGCGACCGAACAAAGCGCUAUGUCUACAACGCAUCGACUCAGCCUGGGACUGCCGCAACACCCGACGUUGAAGUCGACGACGAUGAUGCUGCUGAAAAGCGUAGGAAGGCGAACCUACACCAAAAGUUCGUCAAGAAGCUGGGCCGGCCCGACAGCAUGGCUCAGCUCAGACGACGAAACUUUCACAUCGAUGACGAGACGCCAGCGCCAGAUGGCGAAGACGCCGAUGAAGCUGAAGAAGACGAACCUCCGCCACCCCCCAAGGGCAAGAAGAAGGGCACCAAGACGGGAAAGCUGACACCAAUGGAGAUUCAGUUUCUGGAUAUCAAGAGGAAGAACCUGGACACAUUGCUGGUCAUGGAAGUGGGCUACAAGUUCAGAUUCUUCGGCGAGGAUGCCAGGGUAGCCGCAAAGGAGCUGAGCAUAGUCUGCAUACCCGGCAAGUUUCGCUACGAUGAACACCCCUCCGAAGCACACCUCGAUCGCUUCGCCUCCGCUAGCAUACCUGUCCACAGAUUACCAGUACACGUGAAGCGUCUCGUCGCUGCUGGCCACAAGGUCGGCGUCGUCAGACAACUGGAGACUGCUGCGCUCAAGAAGGCCGGCGACAACCGGAAUGCGCCCUUUGUCAGAAAGCUUACCAAUGUCUACACAAAGGGGACAUAUGUCGAUGAGAUCGGUGAGCUGGAGCAACAAGGCGACUCAGGCGCUCCCUCGGGAGGCUAUCUGCUGUGCAUCACCGAGUCGAAAGCCAAAGGCUGGGGCACGGAUGAGAAGGUUGAUGUUGGUGUACUCGCAGUACAACCAGCCACCGGCGACAUCAUAUAUGACCAUUUCGAGGACGGCUUCAUGAGAAAUGAGAUCGAGACAAGGCUACUCCACAUUUCACCGUGCGAGUUUCUUAUAGUAGGCGAGCUGACCAAGACAACCGACAAGCUGGUCCAGCAUCUGGCUGGGAGCAGCACCAACGUGUUCGGCGAUAGGAGUAGAGUGGAGAGGAUACCCAAGUCCAAAACAAUUGCGGCAGAAGCGUACUCGCAUGUGACGCAGUUCUAUGCUGGAAAGCUGAAGGAAAACGCCGAGGGAAAUGAUCAAGCAGCUGCCUUGCUGAAUAAGGUUCUGAAGCUCCCCGAACCUGUCACGAUAUGUCUGUCCUCUAUGAUCAACCACUUGAAGGACUAUGGGCUUGAGCACAUCUUUGAUCUCACAAAGUAUUUCACGUCGUUUAGCGCUCGUUCGCAUAUGCUUAUCAACGGCACCACCCUAGAGAGCCUUGAGAUUUAUCGAAACCAAACCGACCACGCUGAAAGGGGCAGUCUUUUCUGGGCACUCGACAGAACACAGACUCGCUUCGGGCAACGGUUGCUUCGAAAGUGGAUAGGGCGCCCGCUUCUCGACCAGAGCCGUCUAGAGGAGCGCGUUGCUGCAGUUGAAGAGCUUCUCGAAAAUAGCUCGACGCCCAAGGUUGACCAGCUCGGACUCCUACUCACAAACACGAAGACGGAUCUCGAACGAAGCCUCAUCAGGAUAUACUACGGCAAAUGCACGCGGCCCGAGCUCUUGGCUGUCCUGCAGACACUGCAGAAGAUCUCGACCGAGUUCUCCCGUAUGAAAACCCCAGCAGACACCGGCUUCAAAUCGCCUCCGAUCAGUGACGCUAUCAUCUCCUUGCCAGAAAUUUUACCUUUGGUGUUAUCUUACCUCGAGCGAAUCAACGCUGAUGCCGCGCGGAAAGACGACAAGUACGCAUUUUUCCGUGAAAAUGAGGAAACCGACGCCAUUACCGGCCACAAACUGGGCAUCGCCUCGGUUGAGCAGGAUCUCGACGAGCAUCGCAAAGUCGCCGCGCAAAAGCUGAACAAAAAAUCGCCAGUGACCUAUGUCACCGUGGCCGGCAUCGAGUACUUGAUCGAGGUCUCAAACACGGAUCUGAAACAUGUCCCGGCAUCGUGGGCAAAGAUCUCUGGCACCAAGAAACUGAGCCGGUUCCAUACGCCCGAAGUGGUUCAGCUUAUAACUGAACGUGACCAGCACAAAGAGUCACUUGCUGCCGCCUGCGACUCUGCUUUCACCGAGCUCCUCUCAUCCAUUGCGUCAAACUAUCAGCCCCUACGCGACGCCGUAUCGUCGCUCGCGACCCUCGAUUGUCUCUUGUCCAUGUCCAAGGUUGCUGCGCUGCCCGGCUACACUAAACCGGCCUUCCUGCCGCCGGACUCGGCACCCACGGUCGGCAUAACAGCCGGUCGUCAUCCGAUCGCCGAACGCACGCUCAUGGCCUCCUACAUCCCCUUCACGACCACCCUCUCGUCAGGCGGGUCCUCCUCCCUGGUAUCAUCGCAGGCCCAGCUGAUAACGGGGCCCAACAUGGGCGGCAAAUCGUCCUAUGUGCGCGCCGUGGCCUUGCUCGUCCUCCUGGCCCAGAUCGGCUCCUUCGUCCCGGCUGAGGCAAUGUCCCUCACGCCCUGCGACGGCAUCUACACGCGCAUGGGGGCUUCCGACAACAUCUUCAGCCACGAGUCGACGUUCAUGGUCGAGGUGAACGAGACAGCACAGAUCCUGCGUUCUGCAACGCCGCGAAGCCUGGUCAUCCUGGACGAGCUGGGCCGCGGGACGAGUACGCAUGACGGGGCUGCCAUUGCGCAGGCGGUGCUGCAGCACGUUGUGGAAGAUGUUGGCUGUCUGACACUCUUCAUUACGCACUACCAGAGCUUGAGCCGUGUCGCUGACGGCAUCGAAGGCGGUAAAGUGCGAAACGUGCAUAUGAGAUUCACGGCUACCAAACGAGGCGAAAUUGCCGGGGAUGAUAAUGAAUGGGGUGGCGACGAGGAAAUCACCUUUUUGUACGAAGUUGGAGAGGGGGUUGCGCAUCGGUCUUAUGGCCUGAACGUUGCUAGGUUGGCACGUAUACCGUGGAAGGUACUUGAUGUUGCUGCAAAGAAGUCUAGGGAGCUGGAGGAAGAGAUCAGUAUCCGUCGGCUAAACAGUGCAGCAAGAUUGCUGACAGAUGUGAUGCAAACCGGAACUGAACAACUUGACCACCUCAUUUCUAGCAUUGAAGAGUUAUAAAUCACGAUUAGAUAGACCGCUUCAGGCCCAAGGAUAGACAACGCAGUAAAUAUCAAAAG